UCGCGCGCACCAGCAGAGCGACGCGCGGACCGGAGCGCAGCUCAUCUUCCGCGCUCCUCCUUUCUCCUCCUCCUUUCUCCUCCUCCUCCCGCUCCUCCCGGUCCUCUCCCUCCGCUCCCCGUGCUCCUCGGCGCGCGCUCUCCGGUCCCGGGUCCAGAUGUAGGUCGGUUCCCGGCGCUCCGCUCCGCUCGCUGCGCCGCCAUGGAGGACCGGGAGCGGAUGGAAGCGUGGCUGGACGACCACCGGGACUUCUCUCACUCCUACUUUGUCAAGAAGGCGUCCAGGGAGAUGGUCAACGCCUGGUUCGCUGAGCGAGUCCACACCAUCCAGCCGUCCGCCUCUAAAGACAAUCCUCUACCGCAGCGGGCCAACCAGUCCUCCGCAGAGCCGGGCCCCCCCUCGUCAUCCGCCGUCCUCCCGCCCGCCCUCGGCGUCCUGGACGGCCGCUGCCCUUCCCCGGCCUCGGUCCCCAGCCCGGCGCCCGGCACCCCCACCCGCAAGAUCUCGGCGUCGGAGUUCGACCGUCCCCUGCGGCCCAUCGUGGUCAAGGACUCCGAGGGCUCCCUGACCUUCCUGAGCGACGCCGACCGGGAGGCGGUCCCCCUGCGGGGCUCGCUGAUGGGCGAGGGGGGCGGCGGCGGCGGCGGCGGGGGCGAUCGCUGUGCCAGGCUCCUGGAGCUGGUGAAGGACGUGUCCAGUCAUCUGGACGUGACGGCGCUCUGCCACAAGAUCUUCCUUCACAUCAACGAGCUGAUCGCCGCCGACCGCUACUCGCUGUUUCUGGUGGGCGAGGACAGCUCCAACAGGAAGUUCCUGGUCAGCCGGCUGUUCGACGUGGCCGAAGGCUCCACGCUGGAGGAGUCGUCCAGCAGCUGCAUCAGGCUGGAGUGGAACAAGGGCAUCGUGGGUCACGUGGCCGCCACGGGACAGCCGCUCAACAUCAGGAACGCGUACCAGGACCCCCGGUUCAACGCGGAGGUGGACCAGAUCACCGGGUAUAAGACCCAGAGCAUCCUGUGCCUGCCCAUCAAGAACCACCGCCAGGAGGUGGUGGGCGUGGCUCAGGCCAUCAACAAGAAGAGCGGCGAGGACGGCGCCUUCACCGAGCAGGACGAGAAGGACUUCUCCGCCUACCUGGCGUUCUCCGGCAUCGUGCUGCACAACGCGCAGCUGUACGAGACGUCGCAGCUGGAGAACCGGCGCAACCAGGUGCUGCUGGACCUGGCCAGCCUGAUCUUCGAGGAGCAGCAGUGUCUGGAGGUUCUGCUGAGGAAGAUCGCCGGAACCAUCCUGUCCUUCAUGCAGGCCCAGGCCUGCACCGUGUUCAUCACAGACCAGGACUCCAUGAACUCCUUCUCCAGCGUCUUCCACAUGGAGCACGAGGAGCUGAGCCCCGUCCUCGACGCCCCCAGACGGGACUGUGACGUGAGCCAGAUUAACUACAUGUACGCUCAGUACGUGAAGAACACCAUGCAGCCGCUCAGCAUCGCCGACGUCACCAAGGACCAGCGCUUCCCCUGGACGAGCGAAGGUCCAGAUCACACCAGCAGCCAGAUCAAGAGUCUGCUCUGCUCCCCGAUCAGGAACGGGAAGAAGGACCGAGUGAUCGGUGUGUGUCAGCUGGUGAACAAAAUGGACGAAGCGUCGGGGAGCGUGAAGGCCUUCAACAGGAACGACGAGCAGUUCCUGGAGGCCUUCGCCAUCUUCUGCGGCCUGGGCAUCCAGAACACGCAGAUGUACGAGACGGUGGAGCGAGCCAUGGCCAAGCAGGAGGUCACCCUGGAGGUCUUGUCGUAUCACGCCACUGCUGCAGAGGAAGAGUCGCGGGAACUCCAGGUAACCGCGGUUGCCACGGUUCCUUCGGCCCAGUCUCUGCGUCUGCUGGACUUCAGCUUCAGCGACUUUGAGCUGUCGGACACUGAGACCACGCUGGCCGCCAUCCGCAUGUUCAUCGACCUCAACCUGGUGCAGAACUGCCAGAUGAAGUACACGAGUCUGUGUCGGUGGAUCCUGAGCGUGAAGAAGAACUACAGGAAGAACGUGGCCUACCACAACUGGAGACACGCCUUCAACACGGCGCAGUGCAUGUUCGCCCUGCUCAAGUCCGGACGCCUGCAGAACUUCUUGAGUGACCUGGAGGUUCUGGCCCUGAUGAUCGCCACGCUCAGCCACGACCUGGACCACCGGGGAGUGAACAACUCCUACAUCCAGAGGAGCGACCACCCGCUGGCCCAGCUCUACUGCCACUCCACCAUGGAGCACCACCACUUCGACCAGUGCCUCAUGAUCCUCAACAGCCCCGGGAACCAGAUCCUGAGCGGCCUCUCCCUGGACGAGUACAAGGCCACUCUGAAGAUGAUCGAGAGCGCUAUUCUGGCCACCGACCUCGCCCUCUACAUGAAGCGGCGGGGGGAGUUUUUCGAGCUCACGAAGAACAGCCAGUUCGUCUGGGAAGAUGAAAACCACCGAGACUUGUUGAGGUCUAUGCUGAUGACUGCAUGUGAUAUCUCGGCCAUCACCAAACCCUGGCCCGUGCAGAAGAGGAUAGCGGAGCUGGUGGCCACCGAGUUCUUCGAGCAGGGCGAUAAGGAGCGCCGGGAGUUGAACAUUGAGCCCAUAGACCUGAUGAAUCGUGAGAAACGGGAUAAAAUACCCAGCAUGCAAGUGUCCUUCAUCGACGCCAUCUGCAUCCAGCUGUACGAGACGCUGACCGGCAUGUCGGAGCACUGCUCGCCGCUGCUGGAGGGCUGCCAGGAGAACCGGCAGCACUGGAAGCGUCUGGCCGAGGACCGCGAGAAAGAGCCGCUCAACGGCCUGGCCUGAACCCAGCAGCACACACGCACACACACACACACACACACACACACCGGGGUCCUCCCUGUCCCGGCAGGUCUCACAAACCUCCAGGAAGAAAGCAUGGCGGAGCUGAGUUCAUCUGGAACCACACAGUCGGCCGUUAGCUCCUCGUUAGCAUCGUCUUCAUCGUUAGCCGCUGAAAUGAGCUGAAGCCAAAAGUCUUUCUUUCUCAUAACGUUCACUAGAACGUCACAAACAUGAACUGGUUUCAUGACAUUCCUUAAGAUUCAGAUGUAAAUUUCUCCCGUCAGGCGAUGGAGAAUGACUUGAAAGCGUCAAAAUAAAUAGUUAGCAUGCUAACUUUUAGCUAACUCUUUAGCUAGCCUUUAAUUGUUGUUGCAGGAAAGAAAAAAAGACAUUCGUCUUCUGGCAACACAGAGGUUGAAUUAUUGGACUAUGGUUAGGAAAUGACUCAGUCAUGGCGAAAAGGCGUCGUCCGUUAGCGUGUUAGCAGACUUCGCUACAGCUAGGUGGCUAUCUUCCCCGUUCACAGCAAUAUUUGGGAGUACUUUUUGAAAACCUCAGAAAACCUGGCGUACAACCCCGUAAAUAUGUAUGAGUCAGCUAGCAGGCGUUAGCGUGACGUUGUUUGGACAGUUAGCUAACGCCGCCGGAGUUUGUGAGACCCGCCGUCACCGUCGGUUCCGUCACUCGCCACAGAGUCAGCACUAAGCUAACAUUUAUGACCAUAGCCACCUUUAUUUUUUUUGCACAGAGUGGCGUUCGCGUCCCGCCGGACCCGGCGCCGUCCACGCCUCCCACCGACCCCAGAGUCCCCGGCGGCCCGGACGCCGUUCACAGCACAGACUUUCGUACAUUUUUCACUCGCUGUUGUUAACUAUUGCAUAUUUAUUUGUCUUUUCUAUAUUUAUUAGAGUGUCUAUAUUGUACUGUCAGGAGCACGCCACUCUUUAUACAGGAAGUGCAGUUUUCAUACAUUAGAAGAAUCCCGUCUCUGCUUUCUGCGACAGAACCGUUCCAGAGCCAAAGACCAGACCUGUAUUUUCAGAGGGGCUGGGUCUGGAUGUUUCCACUGCCUUGUUGUGAUAAAAUAGGACCAAUUCAUGAUUAACAGAGUCUAUUUUUAUUUAAGUGCAUCCAGAAAGGCCUUUUCCCAGAGAGGAGCCGUCUGUACCGAUGGACGGAGCGGCGGAGAGCAGCCUGAUUGUCUUGUGAUUUUUCUCCUUGUGAUGUAAAACCAACGGCAUGAAAAGAAAAAAAAAAGGAUAUUCCACUGAGACCGCAUCCAUCCGGGGUGGCGUCCAACUCCAAUACAGUCUGUGAAGCCUUG